UCUCUUCGCCCGCCACCCUGAAACCAUGUUGAUCACUCUGCUUUUCUCCCUCCUGGUGUCCUCCGGCGCUGCCGCAGAGAAAGACAGUGCCUUUCCCAGACUGACCGACACCAAAGCUGUGGAGGCCUUCGUCGACUCUGCUGAUGUGGUGGUCAUCGGAUUCUUUGAGGGAGAGGAGAGUCACGGCUAUCAGGAACUUGUUGCAGCUGCAAAGCAAGUUGACUCCGUCCCGGUGGCCCUCUGCACCGUGAAGGAGGUGUGGGCCGACUACAGCCUUUCCUCAGACACCAUCACCCUUUUCAGAAAGGCGGAUAACCACCAGGAGAACCUCGUUAUUGCCACAGUCAAGAAGUUAGACGCUGACGGUCUUGUAAACUUCAUCAGCAUCAAUGAGGUCCGAUACAUCACAGAGUACAACCAAGUGACCGCAGUGGGCCUGUUCAAUUCAGAGGUGAAGACACACCUCCUGCUCUUCGCCAACAGGGGGGGUAAAGAAUACACUGAGCUGAAGGAGCUACUGGGAGCACUGGCCCCAGACUUCACAGGCAAGUUCUUGUUUGUGCUGAUUAACGGAGCAGAGAAGACCAACUCCCGGUCACUGGGCUACUUCGGCCUCAAGUCUGGGGACCUUCCACGAGUGGGUCUGUAUGAUGGUGACUCCGACAUGAAGUGGCUGCUGCCCGCGGGGGAGAUGUCUACUGAGCGUGUGCGGGAGUUCUGCCAGUCCUUCUUACGAGGGGAACUGAAGGAGGUGCAGCAGGCAGGAGCCGAGGCCAAAACGGAGCUCUAGGACUAAUAAUCAGAUUUAAA